AUGCUGCUGGAGGACAAGGGCGACCUGGACGGCGCGGAGGCGCUGAAGCGCGAGGUGUUCGAGGGGUGCCGAGAGACGCUCGGCGCCCGGCAUCCGAACACGCUCUCCUCGAUCAACAACCUCGGCUCGCUGCUGCAGGCCAAGGGCGACUUGGCCGGCGCGGAGGCGCUGUACCGUGAGGCGCUGGAGGCGAGGCGAGAGACGCUCGGCGACCAGCACCCGGGCACUCUCAACUCAAUGAGCCACCUCGGCGGGCUGCUGAAGGCCAAGGGCGACCUGGACGGCGCGGAGACGCUUUUCCGCAAGGCGCUGGAGGGGAUGCGAGAGACGCUCGGCGAUCGGCACCCUGACACGCUCGGCUCGAUCAACUGCCUCGGCUUGCUGCUGAAGGCCAAGGGCGACCUGGACGGCGCGGAGGCGCUGCAUCGCGAGGCACUAGAGGCGCAGCGAGAGACGCUCGGCGACCGGCACCCGAAUACGCUCACCUCGAUCAACGACCUCGGCGUGCUGCUGAAGACCAAGGGCGACCUGGACGGCGCGGAGGCGCUGUAUCGCGAGGCACUAGAGGCGCAGCGAGAGACGCUCGGCGACCGGCACCCGAGCACGCUCACCUCGAUCAACAACCUCGGCUUUUUGCUGGAGGCCAAGGGCGACCUGGACGGCGCGGAGGCGCAGCUUCGCGAGGCGCUGGAGGGGCAGCGAGAGACGCUCGGUGACCGACACCCGAGCACGCUCGUGUCGAUCAACAACCUCGGCGGGCUGCUGAAGGACAAGGGCGACUUGGACGGCGCGGAGGUGCUGUACCGUGAGGCGCUGGAGGGGUGCCGAGAGACGCUCGGCGACCGGCACCCGGACACGCUCAACUCGAUCAACAACCUCGGCAUGCUGCUGCAGACGCAGGGGAGGCUCGGCGACGCUAUCCUUCUCUUCCGGGAGCACCUGGAGGGGUGCGAGGCGCGGUACGGAAAGGGGCAUAAAGAGACGAGGAGCUCGGCCCGCAACCUUGUCGAGGUGCUGAAGAAGGCGGGGCGACAGCGCCAGGCCGAUGAGAUCGCUACCACGUAUGGGUGGAGCCCACGAGUGAGAGGAAGGCACCGUACUAUUUCCACACUCAGCAGAGCACGUGAUCCAGGCCGAGGUGAGCAUACUCCUCGUUGCGAGCGGAUCCCGCGGGAUUGUUCGUAG